UCAAACAGUAUAUGUGAAACGUAUGGAAUGUGAAAAUUUAAGAGAUUAUGUUAUGUUUGCGAUUCCAUUUGUGAUAAUUAAAAAAGAAACUCAAGAUAAAUCAAAUUUGAAUAAAAAAUAAGAUUCCAAUCAAAAAGUGAGAGAGUAUAAAAAGCAUUCAAAAUGAUCGAAAGUGUAUUUGAUAUUUUGCAUUAUGAAGUCGUGAAAUACUCGAUGGGCGAUGAGAAUUCGUCACAACAAACUAACAACACAAAUCUAUCAACGCUGGAAUAUAUUGGAUUUUCGACGGGCUAUCGAUUGACGGAGCGUUUGACACGCGAAUGGCCACGAUUUCGAUUCAAAGACGAUUUGGAGACGAUGAAAUUCAUUUGCACCGAUUUUUGGACAUCGAUUUACGGAAAGCAAAUUGACAAUCUUCGAACAAAUCACAAAGGGGUGUAUGUGUUACAAGACAAUGCAUUCCGAUUCUUGGUCAACAUUUCAAACAAUUCACAGUAUUUGGAGGAGGCACCAAAGUUUGUUGCUUACACUUGUGGCUUGGUUCGUGGUAGCUUAUCCAAUUUGGGAAUUAACAGUACCGUGACGGCUGAAGUGCAAAAUAUGCCAUCGUGUAAAUUCCACAUUCAAGUCAAUUCAUCGAAUGCAUAAUCAAUUUUGUUUUUUUUUUUUUCAAAUAUAUUCGUAAUUUAGUUUCUAUACUGAUGCAUAGAAUUAAAACACACACAUUAUUAUAUUAUUCU